AUGGAUCUUUUCUUAAAUAUAACAACAAUAUAUCACGUCAUGACAACCCGUAAUAAAGAAGAACUCGGAUACCAGUUAAGUAUUGAAUACGAACCAAGAUCUGGAGAGCCAAAGAACCGCAAAGAAGAUGUUAACACAAUUAUCAGUAAAACUAAGUCUAAUCUCAAGGAAAUAUUUACUUUUACAAAUGCGACCCCGUUUCGAAACGUAGUUGGAACGAAUUUCGUAUGUCAUUUAUGUCCUAUAGAAUUCACAGAUUCCGGUGAAUUAAAAAAGCACACGUUGGAAGAGCACAUUCGACAUUCUGAUGCUGAACAAUUCGAUGAGGUCAUCAAUGAAAUAUUCAACGGAAAAUUUAUUCCCACCAUAAAGCUGGACAUUACUUCUCUAACUUGCAAAUGCGAUGCCACUAUUAACAGCUUAGAAGACCUUUUCCAACAUUUAAUAGAAGAACAUAAGCGCGUUAUAAACACUGGUAUAAAAAAUAUUCUAAUUCCUUUCAAAUUCGAAACGGAGCAGUGGAGAUGCUGCGUGUGUGUUAGGGAAUUCGGUACAUUUAAAACGUUAUUGGAACAUAUGAACAGCCAUAUCAGUAACUAUAUGUGCGAAUUAUGUAAUUCAACAUUCAUAACGCAGGAAAGACUGAAAAUUCAUAUGAAGUUCAGCCACGAGUUGGGAACGUUCAAAUGCAAUUUCUGUCCAAAAGUGUUUAGCACAAAACUAAAGGUCUAUUACCACGAGAGGGGAGUACACACGAAGAAGAACAAAAUAAAGAACUGUGAACACUGCGAUGAGCAAUUCGAGACGCUGUGGGAGAGACAGAAGCACCAAUUCAAAGAGCACGGCAUUGCUGUACCAAAGUUGACGAAAGUUAAAUGUAACGUUUGCGAUCGUGAAUUUUCCGACCAGAGCGCUAAUAAUUUACACUUUAGGAGAUGCCAUCUGUUGGAGAAGAAUCAUAAGUGCCAAUACUGUGAUAUGAGGUUCUUUGACACGUCCAGUCUACGGAAACACGUUUAUAAGCACACGGGGGAGAAGAAUUUUCACUGUCAGGUGUGUUCGAAGUCGUUUUCGUUGAAGAAUACGUUGACGGAACAUAUGCGAAUUCACGAUAACGAUAGACGAUACAAAUGUGAGCACUGUGGUCAGACGUUCGUGCAACGGUGCAGUUGGCGUGGGCAUAUGCGGACAAAACAUGGUCAUCAUAUUUGA